AUGCGUUCUGCUGCCCUUCUCCUCGCCGCCGCUGGCAUUGCUUACGCAGUAGCUCCUACCGUCGCUCCCCGACAGGCCAACGCCUGCUUCGUCAUCGGUAACGAAGUCCUCCCGCAAUCCGUCGUCGACACCGUGACCGCUGUCCAAGGCGCCGUGAGCUGCAGGGCCGGAUCCCAGACCUUGUCCGGCGUCCCCGACGUGACCUCGGGAGGCAUCAACUUUUCCGACGUCAACUUUGCCGACUCGGACCUCUCCCCGCUCGAGUUCGCGCUGACCGAGUUCGCCUCCGCCAACCCCCUCGCCGACACUGACCUCCAGCGGUUCGAGGACACCCUCAACGUCUACCUUGCCACCGAGGCCGGCAUCCGCUCGGUGGCCGGAGGUCUCACCAUCAAGGUGCCCAAGUUCUUCCUCGAGUUCCAAGUCUCCCGCAUCCAGACUGCUCAGGGUAACCCGCCCACGGCUGCUGGCCUCCAGGUCGACCACCUUUUGGACAAGGUCCUGAAGAACGCCGCCAGCGAGAACGCCGCGCUCCUUGAUCAGGUCCGUCGCCUUGCCACUCAGCUUGCGUAA